CAGUAGCUCUAUAGUACUUAUUGGCGUUGGCUGGUAUAACCUUUCACUAAUGGGAUUACGGUCGAAUUUAUGAGAUCAGACCAAUUAAUAAGGACAGGUUUGUGAUGAUCGCCGGCGUGUUUAAGAAUUAACGAGCGUGACCCGCGAGGGCUGGACCUCUAAUUGUUAUUGGUUGUAACCUGUAAACAAUCGCGACCUCUCUUAGUCAUCAUUGUCUUGGUCGUCUAAUUUUUGUUUGCAAGAUCUGUGCGUGCUAAAUAAAUGAAAGUGCGUUGUGAGCAAAGUUUGAGAUAUUAAGAUGAGGACUUCAUACAAUCUGCAAGAACGGUCUUCAAGUGAUGACUUUACAAGAUGCAGUUUUAAGGUGACAAACGUAUUUUCUAUCAAUGAAAACGGAGCAUCGCUCAACAGGAUGUCUGCAGUUGAUGGGAGUGACGUCAUCGCAUACACGGAAGCAGACGAGAAGAAUAACAGGGACAAACAUAACGAUAGCUUGAUCACGGACUUGGAUGAUGUCAGCAUUGUGUGUGAAAAUGAAGAUAUCAAUGCAGAAAAAGACGUCAAGGAAUCUGGCGGCGAGACAAGUCAAUCACGUGGGCAAAACGUCUCCAAUUUGGAGGGCAAGGUCAUCGCCCUUAGAGAGGACGGACCCACAGAGGACAAUGACAAGGAUGAGGGACUCGUCACGAUCGGAGCCCAGGAGAAUAAAACAACCAGACCAACUGAUAAAAUGGAAAAUGGACAGGUUACGGGUCCCAGAGACGACAAAGAAGUUAUUGCUGACAUCGAUAUGGAAGCCAUAAAGGAGUAUAUUUUGAAGAUAGUAAACCAUGCGCAAGAAAUUGUACAGAACGAGUCAAAAGAAACAGCAAAACCGCGGGUCCACCGAGUGAAGCCUUGGACCCAAAGACUCGCGGAAAUAUUUUGUUUUAGAAGGAAAUGACGCAAUCAUAGUAUACGAACCGAUGUGGGAGUAGUAUGGAAUGGCAUUCAUACUUAAAAACAGCUACAUUUUUUGAAGUGAAUGUAAAACAAACAUUUAGAAAGAAGGAUUGUUUGUGAAACAAUGAUAUAUGAAAAGGAUCUUACGUCAUGAAAGAAAACGUGCGUGACUGCUUGCGCACUUCACCACUGGGGAUUACGUCGCGCCGUUCUUCAUUCUAAGUCGCUAGCUGGUCGUGGUGAAAACUCUUCGUCUUAUUUUGAACGAGUUCACACUGGUCUGAUGGCAUGGUGAAUAUAUUGUGUUUCAUCCCUGCAGUUUGAUCGUGUGAUUAGACUUGUAAUUGACUCAGUCCAGAACAUUGCUGAUGUCAUAAUUAAACUAUAAUUCACAACUAUAUGUAUAUAUCAUCAUACCAUGUUUCAAUGUGUGCAAACAUUCAUUCAAGUGUUGGGAAUUGAUGCGUUUCACAUUUUUUUGAAAAUAUAAACAUGUUUAUUAUUGUUAUAUUGAUUUUGUUUUAUAAUCUUCUGUGCAUUUACAUGUAAUUUGUUAUUUACGUAUUCAUAUGUAUAAAACAUUAUAUUCUAUUUAUUACUUGUUUUAUGUAAUGUACAUUCUGGGUUAAGUUAUAGACUCUACCUUGUACAUUGCACAAAUAUAUACUUUCAAGGUUAGAUGAGAUAUACUUUAUUGAGUAUAACUGAGGCUCAGUAUUUACAAUGCAUUUAUUAUUUUCUUCAGCUGGAAAAAAAAUGGCAAAAUUUCAGCAAAACAUUAACCAAACCAAAGGGCAAAGUAUUUAAUAGUAUUUUAAGUUUUAAUAUUAAACAUUUUGACAACAAAGUCCGUUGUCGAUUGGAACUAUUGUAACCAUGUAGCUUUGAUAUCACAGUGUAUGAAUCUUACUGUGUUAAUCAAUAAAUCUGAUCAGUUUGCUUUA